AUGGUUCAGUGCGACAGGUGUGGCGACAGCGUGCAAGACUAUGUUCAGUGCAGUAGCUGCAAGAAAGUUUUUGAUUAUCCAUGCUCAGGAAUUACUGAACAAGGAUUUCGCAAACUUGGUGCGGAUCGUCAGGCUGUAUGGAAGUGUCCGAGCUGUAAGCAAGGAACUCCAAAGGUUGGCAGAGCGUCCAAGCCCAUUAGUGAAACUUUGAAAGCGACCAGCGAGUCUGCGACCGGACCUUGCGGUUUGUGCAUUACAUCACCUACACCUACGCAGCGUACGCCGGUGACCCUGGAGCAGGUAAUGGCUGAACUUAACAGUAUUAAAAAAACGCUAGCUCCCCUCUUGAAUGUAAUGGAAGGUAUUCAAGAGAUUAAAAACGAGAUCUUAGAGACCAAAACAUCUGUAAGUGAAGUGUCAUCUAAACUUCAAUCUCUUAAGGAGAGGCUUCUAGUUGUCGAAAGGGCUCGGGAUGAUGCAACAAAAUUGGAGGAUCGUAUUUCUCGGAUUGAAGCGGAUGUCAAUGAGAGGAACCAAUGGACGCGGCUAAAUAACAUUGAAAUCAAGGGUGUUCCUAUAAAAGAGCGUGAGAACCUACUUGAAAUUGUGUCCAAGUUAGGUGCUAAAAUAAUGUAUCCUGUCGCUAAACAGAAUAUUAAUUUUGUAACCAGAGUUCUAUCGCAGAAUAAUAAGUCAAAGCCGAUCAUAGUUUCAUUUGUAAAUAGGUAUUUUAAAGAAGAUUUUGUAGCGGCUGCUCGUCAAUUUAAAAAACUCUAUCCUUGUGAUAUUGGACUCCAGGGCUUAUCUCAGAUCUUUGUAAAUGACCACCUUACCGUGCAGAACAAAAUGCUGCUUACAGACGCGAAGAAGAUUGCUAAGGAGCAUAACUACGAAUACGUCUGGGUAAAAAACUCGAAGAUUUUUGCAAGAAAAAACUCAAGCUCGAAAGUGAUUGCCAUAAAAGGAUUGAAAGACUUGGACAAAAUUCAUUAG